AUGUCUCACCCCCACGCCACCGCCCCCAAGCGCCCCGGCCCCUUCUCCUCGUCCUCCGCCUCCUCCCCCACCUCCCCCGCGCCCCCGCACAUGAAGAAGGCCAAGUUCCCCGGCUCGUCUUCCUCCUCCGCCCCCGGAGCCACCGAGAAGAACGGGCUCCACGUCGAUCCCGCGGUCGUGGCCCGGAGCGGUGGCCGUACCAACGGCGAGGAGGACGCGGAGAUGGUGCUCGCCGACCAGGAGGAGCUCCCCGCCCCCAGCGCAUCGCCCCCCGCAGGAGUCGCCGCCAACCUCUUCAGAAAGAAGGCCACACUCCCCCAGCCAUCUGCCGCCCGCAAGCCCCUCCGCAUCAAAAUAGGUCAGCCAAAAUUGCCAACAAACUUUGAGGAGGAUACAUGGGCUAUUUUGAAGGAUGCUAUUACGGCUAUAUUUCUAAAGCAAAAGCUUUCAUGCGAUGUUGAAAAACUUUACCAGGCUGCUGGUGAUCUUUGUCUACACAAGCUAGGUGCAAAUCUAUACGAAAGAAUAAAGAAAGAAUGUGAAGUACACAUAUCGGCAAAAAUAUCAGCAUUAGUGGGUCAAAGUCCAGAUCUAGUUGUAUUUUUGUCUCUGGUGCAGAGAACUUGGCAAGAUUUUUGUGAUCAGAUGUUGAUUAUUCGUGGCAUUGCUUUACUUCUUGAUGUAAAAUAUGUCAAGAAUGUUGCAAACAUUUGUUCAGUGUGGGACAUGGGGCUGAAGCUAUUCCGCAAGCAUCUUUCGCUCUCUCCAGAGAUUGAACACAAAACUGUUACUGGUCUUCUAAGAUUAAUUGAGAGUGAGAGACUUGGUGAAGCAAUAGACAGGACAUUGCUUAGUCAUCUUCUGAAGAUGUUUACAGCUCUUGGAAUGUAUUCUGAGAGUUUUGAAAAGCCCUUUCUCGAGUGCACAUCUGAAUUUUAUGCUACUGAAGGUGUCAAAUAUUUGCAGCAGUCCGAUAUUCCAGACUAUCUCAAGCAUGUGGAGACAAGAUUGCAAGAAGAACAUGAAAGGUGUAUUCUAUAUUUGGAAGCUAACACUAGGAAGCCGCUUAUAACAGCUACAGAAAAGCAAUUACUGCAGCAGCACACAUCUGCAAUUCUUGAGAAGGGAUUCACUAUGCUUAUGGAAGCAAAUCGUGUAAAGGAUCUCUCGAGGAUGUACACUCUCUUCCAGAGGGUUGAUGCCAUUGAGUUGCUAAAGCAAGCACUUAGUUCAUAUAUCCGGGGCACUGGCCAGGGCAUUAUCAUGGAUGAAGAAAAAGACAAAGAACUGGUACCCUUUCUUUUGGAAUUCAAGGCAUCACUUGAUAGAAUAUUGGAGGAAAGUUUUGCCAAAAAUGAGGCUUUCUCCAAUACGAUAAAAGAGUCAUUCGAACACCUUAUCAAUCUACGCCAGAAUCGACCCGCUGAAUUGAUUGCAAAGUUUCUUGAUGAGAAGCUUCGAGCUGGAAAUAAAGGUACCUCCGAAGAAGAGCUGGAGGGAAUAUUGGAUAAAGUUUUGGUUCUGUUCCGAUUUAUACAAGGAAAAGAUGUAUUUGAGGCAUUCUACAAGAAGGAUCUGGCUAAGAGGUUGCUUCUGGGGAAGAGUGCAUCAAUAGAUGCUGAAAAAUCAAUGAUAACAAAGCUCAAAACUGAGUGUGGAAGUCAAUUUACCAACAAGCUGGAGGGAAUGUUCAAGGAUGUUGAAUUGUCCAAAGAAAUAAAUGAGUCUUUCAAGCAAUCAUCUCAAGCGAGGACAAAGCUUCCAACCGGCAUUGAAAUGAGUGUCCAUGUUCUUACAACAGGCUAUUGGCCAACAUAUCCACCAAUGGAUGUGAAACUCCCGCAUGAACUUAAUGUCUAUCAGGAUAUAUUUAAAGAAUUCUAUUUGAGUAAGUACAGUGGAAGGCGUUUGAUGUGGCAAAAUUCAUUGGGUCACUGUGUAUUAAAAGCAGAGUUCCCAAAAGGUAAAAAGGAACUUGCGGUGUCACUAUUUCAGAGUGUGGUUUUGAUGUUGUUCAAUGAUGCACAAAAACUAAGCUUCCUUGAUAUUAAAGAAUCAACUGGUAUUGAGGAUAAAGAAUUGCGAAGAACGCUACAAUCGCUUGCAUGCGGUAAAGUUCGGGUUCUCCAAAAGAUGCCAAAAGGACGAGAUGUAGAAGAUAAGGACGAAUUUGUAUUUAAUGAAGAAUUCAGUGCCCCUCUCUAUCGCAUAAAGGUGAAUGCUAUUCAGAUGAAGGAGACGGUAGAAGAAAACACAAGUACAACCGAGAGAGUAUUCCAGGACAGACAGUAUCAGGUGGAUGCUGCCAUAGUUCGAAUAAUGAAGACACGGAAAACCCUCAGCCACACGCUUCUAAUAACUGAGCUUUUUCAGCAGCUCAAGUUUCCAAUCAAGCCAUCGGAUAUCAAGAAAAGAAUAGAGAGCUUAAUUGACAGGGAGUACCUGGAGAGAGACAGGAGUAACCCCCAGAUCUACAAUUACCUGGCUUGACAGGCCAGCGCUUGCCAUCAUAACAUGAAAGCUCAUCUUCAUUUCAUUGUCGGAAAGACACUGUAAAUUAAUUGAAUACGUCUGUCUCUUGUUCUUUCCUACCUUUUUCUCCAUGGGAUCUGUAGCAAUCGCGACAUUUCUGUAUACCCAAAAAAGAAAACAAAUUUUCGAUAAUAUCACUAGUAGUAGCCCUGCAUAUCAUGCGUACAUGUGAAUGUUCCCACCUGAUGAAUACCAAAGCAGAACGGAAGCUCUCCUUUGAAACGUA